AUGAAGCUUGAACCGGUUUAUUUGGAUGAACUUAACACUCAGAGCAAAGAUUACAAGGUCAGAGUUACGGUUGCUGAAAAGGGUCGUCCUCGAGAAUCACCUAAAAAGCCAGGAUUAGUCUUCCAAACUCUCAUCAUGGAAGAUGAGAAGAAAAACAAGAUGCGUUGCGCUCUUUUCGGAGAGCAGAUAAAGGCUUAUGAGGAUAUCUUAAAACCCACAGGAAAGUAUGAGAUAUCUAGGGCUCCUAUAGGUGUUGUGGAUGAUCAGUUCAAAUUCAACCUUGAAGAACUUCCGUAUCAAAUGACUAUUGGACAGCAAACUGUUGUGCAGAGGUUGAACCCUGAAGCUGGACCUAUUAUUCCCAUGUAUCAGCCUCUGUCGACUAUUCCUAGGACAGCUGAUCCAGACAGCAAAUUUGAUGUUGUUGUAGUAGUUCUCUUUGUUGAAGAACAGCCACGCAUGAUUACUAAUUCGCGUGGACGUGAGAGCCCAGUUCCAUGGAAUGAUCUUGCUAUCAAUGAUUGUAAUACACUCAACAACUGGGCUGACAGGUUCAAUGUUGUUGGCUUCACUUCUCUUAGGGCUCAGAACACAUCCAGAGGAUUCAUUUUGAGCACCACUAUGUCAACUCAAUUCAUUCAUGAACCUCAAGGAGAUAAAGCAAACGUGCUUCGCGAAUGGGCAAAAGUGUAUCCACAAGUCCUGCUUGAUAGGCAGGCUAGAGUACUUACUGUCAGAUACCCCAGUGAAGAGAAAAAAAUCUACACAAUUGCAGGAUUAAGAAACAAAAAGGUUAAGAUUUCACUUCCACCAUCCAAUACUAUGCAAGAAGAGGUAGCAUGGAUAAGAGUCACCAUACCUAAUGCUGAACUUAACAAGAUUCAUGCCUAUGCUGGUUGUCAUGAAUGCUCUAAACGCACAAAUCUUCCUGUGGGAUCUCGCUAUCGUUGCACUGUCUGCAGGAAAACGGAUACGGUCUCUGCUCACAAAGUUACAUUUAAAUUUGAAGCAAUGGAUGACACUGGAGCUAUGUCAUUCACCACUUUCAAUGAUGACACAGAGAAACUCUUCAGAAUGUCAGCAGCUGAGAUUUCUAGCAUGAAAAAUACUAUAAGCAUCCCUUUCAUUAACAAGUGUCUAUGUUCUAUUCUUUCAUCUAUUCACAAAUAUGUUCUCCAUGAGAACUUAGAAGCUUUUGCAGCUAUCCAAGAGAUCCUUUCCACCAAACCAUUCUUAAUCAAGGUGGGGCCCACAAAGGAGUUGUCAAUGAAUAGUGUGCUCAUUUGGACACUCAAAUCUGUUGAAAUAGAGGAUGAAGCAGAACAACCUAAAGCUUCAUCACCAUCAUCUGCAAUGGAUACAAACCAAGGAGAAGCUGUCACAACAGAACAAGAAAGGAAGCUACAGAGAGAACUGAUGCUUGAGGAACGACUACAUGGUAAAAAGCCUCUGAAUAAGCUCUCUCGCAAACGUAGCCCACCAAAAAGAAAAGAAUCUACUGCUAAUGAUUCAAAAGAAAGCAAAAAUACUGAUGACACCCCACCUAAGAAGAAGGUGAAGACAGUGCUGUUUCAAGACACCCAUGUUGAAGAAAGUCCUGAUGAAUUCAACUCUUCAUCAACUCAGCCUGAGAACCCAUAA